CGCGUUAAACGAGUUCUCUCACACGUGCUCCGUCACUUUCAGAUUCCUCUCGUAAUUGCUCUCUGCUGUUCUCUGCCCAACGUCUCCGGGAAGCCUUUGACCGUCGACGACGACGAGGACGAGGAUGCGCACGAAUACGAGUCGGCCGCCACCACCACCACCAUCCAAUUGGACGACACCGCGAAAUUGGAGGACGCCGUUCUGAAGGAAGACAAAAUGCCGAUUUUGCCGCCGAUAAUUCUGCUCGACUUCGCCAACGACACCGAGAACGAGAACAUCACCCACGAGGAAAAAUCGAAACGGACCGUGGACAAUGGUCUCGGUUACGGCCUCAACAACAUCCAGACCAGAAGAUACAAUUAUUAUUUCCCAGCAGGGAAGAGUGGAACCACGGUGAGCAUCGAGGAAUCGAUCAGCCCUUUCCUCCCGAAAACCAUAAUCGAGAGGGUGCCCGACAAUCACAGUCCGCAGAAAACGUCCAUCAAGAGUGUGGUCCACCACAACUCUUUCGCCAUGUCCACCUCUUUCUCCGAGAUAAACUCUCAAAAUGAAAGGAGCCAACACUACUUGAAUCUUCAUCGAUCGACCAAACCCCAACCCUUGAUGUUCGGAUUACGCACGAAGCCUCAAAACACCGCCACCAACGAGAACUACCGAAGCUUCUUCACAACUGCGAAACCGGGUGUUCUGAGCUCGUUGGAAAUUCAAAAUUCGGGGUACACGAGGGACGAUGGAGCGGCGAUCACCACGACCCAAUCACCAAUCGCGGGCACAGCGCGAUACGUGACUCCCAGCCAGGUCAACUUCGCCAGGAAUCAGCAGACUGGUAGUUCGUUGAGCUACGUCACGCCAGAUCCCCCGUUGUUCCGUAACGGGGAAACUUACAUCGGUCAGAGUCACGUUCAAUCCAAUAUCAAUUCUCACUUCGUCCCUAUGGGGGGGCCGCCGGUGGCGACGUCUGAAAACAGCAUUCUCUCGCAGAGGCCGAUGCAAUUCCCCGCGAUAUCCGAGGAGGCGGGCAGAGAGCCAAACCCGUACAUCUCCGCCGAAUCCUUGUCGACGAGUUUGCCCCAGCAACAAGUGUACCGGUUGAGUUAUCAGAAUCUGGUGAGCCAAAGGCAGAUCGCGAGUCUGGCUCAACGGCACAAGGCGCCCUCCUCUUCGUUGGCCAAGACCAGGCCCAGGCCCGACACCAACAAUUACCAGCAAAAUUUGUCCAGAUACAUGGUGGACAGCCCCAACCCCGAAUACACGGCUAGUUACACGACCGAGGCCAGCGUCAACACCACCAAGCCUUUCUUCGCGUCAUCCAAUUCUAUCGCCUCCGUAACGUCCAAGUACGGACCCAAGGUGCAGAGUUAUCUGGAGAAGGUGUUGGCGGGGGACGAGGAAGAAUCAACGGGAGAGAAGAAAGGUUUCGACAACAACGAUUUGAGCAGCUACUCGAACCUGCAAUAUUCGGAUCUGUUGAAUUACAACCCGUCCAUAUCGGAGUAUAUAAGGAAUCCUUCGUCCAUAUUGAACGUCAGACCGACUUUCGUGCAGGCCGGAAACUCUUUGAUACCGGUCAUCAUACUCAGAGUGGAUGGGGCAUCCCCUAUUCAAACCAAGAGCGCGCAGAACAUUAAUCUGAAGGCUCUGUUGCAACGAUACCUGAUCCAGUACGCCAAGACCAUUCAACAAUUGGCCGUACCUUCCUCUUAUAACGUUGGAACGACGGAACGAUCGUUCGCCAAACGUCCAGCGUACGGGAUCGACAAAAAUCCUCCUGGCCUGGAUCUGAUCCGAUUGACCGAGGAUGAUGCGCGUCAUUCGUCCACUUACAAUUCGAAUUCGUACGUGGGGAAAUCGAGCUACGAGACGAGUAAUUUGGAAGAUUCGAAAGACUUUGUCAACGGUCGUUACGGGGAAGGUUCACGGGGCAGGCAGAAGGUGAAGAACGUUCAGAUAAUUGACGAUCCGAGAUUCACGAGUUACAAAAGUAAUUGAUGAAAAAAAUUUGAGAAGUUUGGAUGCAAAGAGGUGUAAAAUCUAGAUGUACCUGAGAGCGAUCUAUUAUUUUGUAAGGAGCGUUGUUGAAAUUGAGAAGAACGAGAUGUAAUUGAUAUAUAUAUAUAUACAUAUGGUUUAAGGAUAGUUGUUUGGUAGUAUUUAUGAUUAUUUCGGGAUUGUGCAAUAAUAAAGUUGGACCUUCGAAAUUUCGAAGAGUUGGCACAUCGUUGCUGCUGAUUGACCAAAUUUCUCACUUCAAUAAGGUACCUUAUAAACUUAGUUAUUAAGGAUCUGGUACUAAACGAUUUACGCUUUUGUAUACAUUCCUAUCUUUUUAAUUGAAUAAACGUUUUCAUCGAGGCAAAUA